GGGGGGCAGCAGUGCGCCUUUGUGUCGUGUGAUCAGCUGUAGAAGAAGAAGAAGGACAGGAGGUAAACAUGGCAGAUGACAAGAGUCCUCUGGGCCAGCUCAAGGAUCUGGUGGAGCUGAAGGACCAGCUGGAAGACAUUCAGAGACGGGUGGAAGAUGAGAUCCAGGCUGGAGUUCCUCCAGGAGGCAGCCUGCUGGGUUCUCCUUUCCUGAAGGGUUUUCUGGCCGGCUACAUUGUCGCAAGGCUACGCUCCUCAGCGCUGAUGGGUGUUGCCGUAGGAACGUGUACAGGGAUCUAUGCAGCACAAAAUUACGCGGUUCCCAACAUUGAAAACACCGUGAAAGACUACAUACGCAACCUGAGAGGAGGACCUAAAUGAGGAGGGAGGAGGAAAUGUAAGAAGACAAGAAAACGGGAGAGUCGAGAUACAAGAGGAGGGUGUUGAUACAAGUUCAUACGGGAACAGAUAUGUAUUUCAAAAGUUCAAACCUUUCAGCAGUCAUUAAUUCAACCUUCCACAUGAGUAAAUAGAAGUAGAAACUCAUAGAAUAAGGUCAAACAGAUUCUUAUUUUUGGUAAUAAAUUGAGCACAUUACCGUGCAUGUGGAAAGAAUUACAGUGCAGUUGAUUUAAACACAGGAGACCCCAUAUUUCUUUCCCAAAUGGUCAGUGAUCGAAAUUUAGACAAACUGCUGCCUCUAUUAGCAGCUCAUUAUAGCUGCUAUAAUUGAUUUGUGACCUCAACCCUAUCCCGCCUGAAACCACAACAUGUGCUUUCUUUAGAUUUAUUGAUACGAGACCAACCAAUAUCCACAUGUGCAAGCCAGCUGUGUUUGCUAUUUCACCUCGUUUCUGAAGGAGGUUGUCUCGAGGGAGACGCACCACAUUUCUUUUGUGGUUCAGGCAGAUUCAGAAUAUUAAGUUUCUCCAUGAGGAGCGCUUAUUUCGUCUUCUUUGUUGUCUUCUGCCAUGUAGUGAUCAGAAAUCUAUUAUAGCAGCCUUAACUAAUUUGCACUUAUUUGCUCAGGGGGUGAUAGAGUAUGUAAAAAUGAUCUCACUUCACACCUCAACAUGCUCUUUAGUGUAAAACCUGUCAAAACCCCUCAUGGUUGUUGUUAGUUUUCACGUUGUUUGCAGCUAUCAGAGCAAAGUCUGUGGUGUGAAAUGACUCGUCUUUGCAGGCACGACAACCCCCUGUGAGAUUAUAGGUCAAUCACUUGGUAAAACAUUUUUAAACUGUAGUCCUCAUGUCUGUAAAUGUUCACGAAAAAAAUAACUUCAGGUACACUUUUUCAGAGAUUUUUAAAACUUUAAAAGUAACUCCAAAAAUGACACACUCCAUUUAAAAUAAAUAAAUAAGGAUAAGUACUGGAAAUGUAAGUAAUAUUUCUCUAUAUAGUCAUUCAGACUUCAGCUGGAAAACGGUUAUCAAAUGAAAAUGUGCGCCAAAGUGACAUUUUUGUUAAAAGAUGUAGUUUCAAUUGCACUUGGGAGUUUAAAGUAUUUUAUGUAAAAUAUAUAUUAAGAGUGCCUACUCUGGUCUGGACUUGAUAUUUUCAUCUCACGCCAUAUGUGCAAUAGCCUCUCCCGAUGGGAUUCGGCUGCCAUUUCGUAUGCUGGAAAGUAGUUUAUCUUUUGCACUUGAAUUUUAGGGAUUUAAAGCUUUCUCUUUUUGCAGCAAUCAACAGUUUUUUGUUUUUUGUCCCAGAAAUAUCCAAACGUGUUGCGAUGUUGUCAAAAUGUGGUGUCUACGUAAUGUUUUAAUGAGCUUCAGUCACCUUUGAUGUCUUUUUCUUUUUGAGAAGAGAGAUAACGAGUGUAAAAAAUCAGUACGCCGUCCAUAAACAAUGCUUCUACUGCAGGACACUAGUCUGAAAAACAUAAUGCACUUAAACACUACCACUCUCUGUAGCAGACGGGUGUGAGAGUUUCAGUUUUUUUAUUUUGGUGGACAGAUAUUUCACUUAGGUGGAUAAUGUAAAAAUGUUUUUGUUAACUUAAGAUUUAAACCCAAAAAUAAGGCAUCACAAAUUCAUACUUUCAAUACACAAUAUGUAUAUAUAUUUCACAGUAAGUUUCUGCUUUACAAUGUAAACACUACAGGAGAGCUUUUCACAGUAGAACGCGGUGUCUGUUGUUGCUGUCACGUGACAGCAGCAUCAGUUACCCUGGGUAACUGCUGUUCAGAUUAACGCAUAAGCCAUACAAUAGAAACAUAUUUCAGUCUGAGGUUGUGCUCAUUUUAAUUUUUACUUUGACUGUAAGUGUGUUAAAAAACUGUGUACUGUAUGUUUGGUAACUGGAACAAAGAAACAACUUGUGCCUCUCGACAAUCAUUGUGUAGUUUCUCAGUUUUCUGUCUAUUAUGUUUUUGUUUCUUUCUUAAAAGACUUGAUAUGCUGUGGAAUCUAAAACAUGACUGGUCAGUUCAUGGUGCUUUAUCUCACUGUCUCAUGAUGGGUUAUCACUCCUGCACAUCAGUGCAGAUGUAUUCAAUUCGUGAUACUGUAAAAGAAAACCACAAAACUGUUUUUAAAAUCUUUAUUUGGGUUGUUCAAAUAAAUGGGGGGAAAAUACAGUUUGCAAUUGAGUAUUCUUGGCGUCAGUAUUUUCUGUAAUCACAGUUUCAUCCUUUUUUUUUUUACCACAUUGUUUAUCUCAGUGAACAGAUGUUUUCAUUGGCAAAAUAUAUUAAUUAUAUCAAUAAUUUAAAUCUGCCCACACUCCAAUGAAUGGCCCCAUGGUCCAUGCUGUUAUUUUCCAAUUCACUGCUCUUUUACAAACUUCCCAACAUAUUUUUUUUUUAUUAUUUUUUGCAAACUGAAAUGGGUCAAAUGUUGAAUACAAUAAUAUUUCUGUCAAAAAAAAACAAUACCAAACAUUUAAAAUCCUUAACUUUUACGAGCCAUUUAAGAUGUAAUGCAAACAUAACCUGUUAGAAUAACAUUGGUUGCAGAUCAUUUGCAAUAAACUAAUAAAAUGAUAGCAAGCAGAGAAAUUGUUAUAAU